AUGGCUUCUGCUGGCGCAGGACUGUCGAAGCGUGGUGCGUCCAAUGUUGACGCGAUCAUGCCUGGUAUCCGUGCUGCCUUGCUAGAGCGCACUCGACCCACUGUACCGCGCAUUGAUCUAUCGACCGCUGAGAACUGGUUGUUGCGAAAUGAGAUCAUUGAGUUGACUAAGGAUGCCAUACGAGAUGGGUUGAAACCUCACCACUUGUCAUACCCGAAUGAGUUCGCUGGAGAUGCCGACCUGAUUAAGGCUCUGGCAGCAUUCGUUAAUGAAUACUUCCACCCCCAUAUCCCGGUGGAACCAGAUCAUAUCGCAACCGCGCCUGGUGCGGCCACCUGCCUGAAUACUUUCCUGUACAAUCUUUGUGAACCGGGCGAAGGCAUUCUCGUCCCGGCGCCCUUCUGGAAUGGCUUUGACUGGCUCUUCACAGCCCGAUCAUCAGCCGUGCCGGUAAUGGUUCAUGUCGAAAGAAGUGCAGAUACCCUGACGGCGCAGUUGAUCCCAGCGCUGGAAAAGGCUUAUGAAGAGUCUACAGUUCCGAUUCGAGGUCUUCUCCUCACAAAUCCCCAGAAUCCGUACGGACAAUGCUAUCCCCGGUCCGUCAUGGAGGAUUGUAUCCGCUUCUGUCAUUCUAAAGGCAUCCAUUACAUCUCCGAUGAGGUGUACGCGCUGUCCAGUUUCGAGAAUCCCGAGCUACCAGAUGCACCGCCAUUCGCCUCUGCGCUACAGAUUGAUGUCAAGGGAAUUGGUUGUGAUCUUUCUCGAGUGCACACAUUCUGGAGCACCAGCAAGGACUUUGGCUCCAGUGGCUUCCGCGUGGGAUGUAGCAUCACACAGGCUAAUGAGGCGAUGCAUGUCGCACUUGCUCUCGCGUCCAACACGGAGUCGUCCAGUCUCAGUGCGGUCGCAUCGACAGCCCUCCUCACAUCUCCUCGACUCCCAGAUCUUCUCCGAUUGAAUAGAAAGAGGCUACAGGAAGCAUAUUGCCUCAUGACGAACUUUCUGAAAAGGAAUCAUAUUCAAUAUAUUCCCGCAAAUUCUGCCCCAUUCCUCUUUGCCCGUGUGGCUCCGCAGGCUCAGACCUGGGAGGAUGAGAAGGCUGUGAUCGCCCAACUGAAGGAAGCCGGCGUUAAUGUGAGUGGAGGCAAGGCAUAUCAUGUAAAUGAAGAUCAGAAAGGUUGGGCACGGUUGACAUUUGCGCUGGAGCCAUCCCGCGCGGAGGAAGCAAUCAAGCGCAUGGAAACAGUUCUAGGGAAGCAUAACUGGGACUUAUAUCCCACCAAUGGCUCCAUUACACCCCAUCUUGUGCUUGUCGGUGCCCAAAUCCUACUCCUCAGUGGCCCUCAAUUUCACGGCCGACGAGCUCUUGCGGUGACGACGAUUCUAAGUCUAGCAGCCAUUGCGCAAUACAAUCGAUUCACCAAUAACCCCGGAGUUGCCAAUUUGUUCGCACUCGCCUGGCCACAUUGGCUCUCUGCCAUAGAGAAGAUCGUCUUUGCCUCCCCGGGGGGACCUGAGGCAGACUUAUGGAGAGUGGACCGGGUCCCUCACGAGGCCAUGACCUGGCCCGUGUUCGGAUGGCGAAAGAUCAAAUGGGCCGUAACUCUCCUAUUGAACCUGCGAGGUAUCCGCUGGAGCUUCCAAGUCAAGAAUGUACCGAGGAUGCCAGAGCGCAUGACGCGCGCUCGAUUCCUGCGGUGGCGACUGAGUGAAUUGAUUUGGGUCUUGCUGAUGGCGGAUCUGGUCUCCCAAAUGACCCUUCGUUUCUUCUUCACGGAUGCUGCAGAAGCCGUGGGAAAUAUUGACUCCAAGCACAUCACUAUCCGCGAUGCUCGUUGGGGAUGGAGCUUUCUCAAAGCGUUGACAUUUGGGCUGGGUCCAUAUUUCUUUAUCAACAUGCAGUACCUCGCGGUGUCUAUCCUGGCCGUGGCCGCGGGAAUUAGUCGGCCUGAGGACUGGCCACCUUUGUUCGGCAAGCUGAAGGCGGCUACAACCGUGCGAAACUUCUGGGGGACCUUCUGGCACCAAAUGCUACGAAAGUCCUUGAACACCAUCACCGGUGCCUUCGUCGACGCCGUCGGAAUCCGCCGUGGGACCAAUGCAUCGUCCUAUACCCAACUCUGGCUCGCUUUUACCAUCUCCGGUAUGAUGCACGCUCUCUCACAGCUUCUGAUGCCUCGUCCUGGCAAUGUCACCCCCAGUGAAAUUGCUGUCGGUAUCUUCCUGUUUUUCCUAUGGCAGGCGUUUGUGAUUACGAUGGAGGACUUCGUCAUCUGGCUCUGGAAGCAAUGGUAUGGCUCCUAUCAGCCCCGAUGGGCACCACUUGUCGGGUAUCUAUGGGUGAUGGUCACCUUUUGGGUUGCGCUGCCGUGGCCUGGUGAUUCCUUGUGCCAUUUGAAGAUGGGAGAGGUGCCUCCUCUACCGUUUACUGUAGUUGCGCCUUUUGUGCAAAUGAUCCCGAUCCCGUAA